GUGAUAGUGGGGGGUGUUGACCGCUUCCAGAAGAGACGAGUGCGUUGGGUUUGUGGGCGUGGGGCAGGCUGCCCUGGAAAGGGUCCUGCAUGGGGAGAUUGGUGAGGACAGGGUUUACUGGAGGCGAAGGGGUCAUCAGCCAUGAUUGAAGACAUUGUGUCUGCACUCAUUCCUCUGCACGCUAACAUCCUUCCUCCUCCUGUCACCCUCUCCAGAUUCCAAACGUGUCUCUAAAUCCCCAUCACCACCUCUGGUCUCUAAGCUUAUGCUGAUUCCGCCUCAGUUCUGCCCUUGUGGAAUCACACAGUGUAUUGUAGGAACAGUCUGCAGGGGUUAUCUCUUGCUGCCUCAUUUGAUAGAGGAGUAAUUUGGGCCUCAGAAGGUCCACCAUUGCAGUUCUGUAUACUUUUCCAAGAACAGUAGACGAUGAACAAAUCCCAGGAGUUGGUGUCAUUCAAGGAUGUGGCCGUGAACUUCACCCAGGAGGAAUGGCAGCAGCUGGACUCUGAUGAAAAGAUAAUAUACCGAGAUGUGAUGCUGGAGAACUAUAGCCACUUAAUCUCACUGGGGUUUGAUAUUACCAAACCAGAUGUGAUCAUCAAGUUGGAGCAGGGAGAAGAGCCAUGGAUAGUAGAAGAUGAAUUCCCAUGUCAGAUUUGUCCAGAAGAAGCCUGGAAGGUUGGCGACCUGAUAGAAAGAAUCCAAGGAAAUGAAGACAAAUAUUCAAGGCAAACAGUAUCCAUCAACAGUAGAUCCUUGAUUGAACAGAGAGAGAAUAUAUGUGAUAAAAUUUAUAACGUGGAAACAAAUCUUGUUCCUUCAAGCAUAGUAUCUCUUAAUUGUGUUUCAUGUGGGAAAAGUUUAAAAUCUAUUUCAGAAUUAAUUAUUAGUGAUGGAAGCUAUGCAAGAAAGAAACCUGAUGAGUGUAGUGAAUGUGGGAAAACACAUCACGGAGAGAAACCCUAUGAAUUUGAUCAAAAUGGGGAAGCCUAUUCUCAAAAUGAAAAUAUUCUUCAGAAAAUUAAUAUUUUGGAGAAACCUUUUGAAUAUAAUGAAUGCAUGGAAGCCUUAAAAAAUGAAGCAGUUUUCAUUACUCAUAAGAGCACUUACAUGAGGGAGAAGCCCUAUGAUUGGAAUGAUUCUGGACCAGACUUCAUUCAGAUGUCAAAUUUCAAUGUAUAUCAGAGAUCAAGAAUGGAAAUAAAGCCCUAUGAAUGCAGUGAAUGUGGAAAAUCCUUCUGUAAAAAGUCAAAAUUCAUUAUACAUCAGAGAGCUCACACAGGGGAGAAACCUUAUGCAUGUAAUGUAUGUGGGAAAUCCUUCAGCCAAAAAGGAACCCUUACUGUACAUAGGAGAUCACACUUAGAGGAGAAGCCCUAUAAAUGUAAUGAAUGUGGGAAAACUUUCUGUCAGAAGUUACACCUCACUCAACAUCAGAGAACUCAUUCAGGAGAGAAACCCUAUGAAUGUAAUGAAUGUGGGAAGACCUUUUGCCAAAAGACACAUCUGACUCUGCACCAGAGAAAUCAUUCAGGAGAGAGACCCUAUCCAUGUAAUGAGUGUGGGAAAUCCUUCUCCCGGAAAUCAGCCCUCAGUGAUCAUCAGAGAACACACACAGGAGAGAAACUUUAUAAAUGUAAUGAAUGUGGAAAAUCCUACUACCGAAAAUCUACCCUUAUUACACAUCAGAGGACACACACAGGAGAGAAGCCCUAUCAGUGUAGUGAAUGUGGAAAAUUUUUUUCUCGGGUAUCAUACCUAACUAUACAUUAUAGAAGUCAUUUAGAAGAGAAACCCUAUGAAUGUAAUGAAUGUGGUAAAACCUUCAAUUUAAAUUCAGCUUUUAUCAGACAUCGGAAAGUACAUGCAGAAGAGAAACUCCACGAAUGUAAUGAAUGUGGAAAGUUGGCCCAGUUCUCAAAUCUCACUAAUCAUACAACUCAUUUAGGAGAGAACCCCUAUGAAUGUAAUGAAUGUGGGAAAAUCUUCCUUGAAAAUUCAUCCUUUGAUGGACAUCACUUGCUUCCAAAAGGAGAGAAAUCCUAUGCAUGUAAUAUAUGUGGAAAAUUAUUCUCUGAUUUGUCCUACUACACUGAACAUUAUAGAAGUCAUUCAGAAGAAAAACCCUAUGGUUGUAACGAAUGUGGGAAAACCUUCUCCCAUAAUUCAUCCCUCUUUAGACAUCAAAGAGUACACACAGGAGAGAAACCUUAUGAGUGUUACGAGUGUGGAAAAUUUUUCUCUCAAAAGUCAUAUCUCACUAUACAUCAUCGAAUUCAUUCAGGAGAAAAACCUUAUGAAUGUAGUAAGUGUGGGAAGGUUUUCUCUCGAAUGUCAAACCUUACUGUACACUAUAGAAGCCAUUCAGGAGAGAAACCCUAUGAAUGCAAUGAAUGUGGAAAAGUCUUUUCUCAGAAAUCAUACCUCACUGUACACUAUAGAACUCAUUCAGGAGAAAAACCCUAUGAAUGUAGUGAAUGUGGGAAAAAAUUCCACCACAGGUCAGCCUUCAAUAGCCAUCAGAGAAUCCAUAGAAGAGGGAAUAGGAAUGUACUUGAUGUAGAAAAUUUCCUCUGAAGUCCAAUCUCAUGUCAGAAAACCCUCAAUAUAAUGACUGUGAGAAAUCUAAUAGAUGUCAUUGUUAAUCUGAGAUUUCUUACAGGCAAGAGAAGCCUAUUUCUUGGAUGGGGAAAAGCAUUUAGGCAUUAUAUUUAUUUUAAUCUGAAUUUUUACAGAGAAGAAUCCCUGAGAAUGCCACAAUAAGAACUUUCAGCAAGUCCAUAACACUCAUUGUACACUAGAUAGUUUAUACAGGAAUUAAAUUUUAUAAAUUUUUAUUUUAGAUUCUGAUUGUACUACACAUCAGGGAAUUAUGUCAAGACAAAAUCUGUGAUGAAUGUGUAAAAAUAUAUUGGAGAUUACUAAAAGCCAUAUUUCACAUGUAAAAUCAAAUGGUUAUAGGAAAAGUACCAGAAAAUAUCAACUGUGAGUAAACAUUAUAUAAAACGUUUUUAAAUCAUCAGGAGUUUAUAAUGAGGACAGUAGCAUUAAAUGCAUAUCUGGCAGUUCCUAUCAUUUUUCAAAUGCAAUCUAACAAUUCUAUGCAAGUUUGGAUUUGAAUAAUUUGUGAAAAGGCAGUAUCUUAUUUGAAUGUCAGGAUGGCAUAAUACGUAAUUUUCUACUCUUUAGAGGCGUUUACAAACGGGUUUAAUGAAUGCCUCAUCAAUAAAGAAGCCAGUAAUUUUUGUAGUUUUCAACUGCAUCCGAGCAAAAACAUUAAGUACUAUUUUAAUGAACUGCAUUGAUAAUUUGGAAUUGUUAGGUAUGUCUGAAUAAGAGAGAACAACUAUACUAUUCAUACUCCAAUAAAAAUAAAUGCCCUAUAUAAAAUAUUCCUCACAUACUGCUCAUUUUUUAAUCUGUAAAUUUGUGCAGAGUGCCAAUAUUAUGUAAUUCAGAAAUUGUAUUUAUAUUUUUAUUUGAUAUGAUAGAUUGUCAUUUACAUUGGGCACUGCAUCUUAUUUCUAGUAUUUUGGAACAAAUUAAAACAACUUUAUAGCAGACAUCAUUGGUUGAUUAUUCUUUCUCAUUCCUUUCUGGAAGAAUUUGGGUGUCUACCAUUUCCUGAGGAGUCCCUGGGAGAGCAAAUGGUUAAGUGCUCAGCUACUAGCUGGAAUGUUGGUGAUUCAAACUUACCCAUACGCGCCUCAGAAGACAAGGUUGGCAAUCUCCUUUUGAAAGGUCACAGCCUUGAAAACCCCAAGGAGCAGUUCUAGUCUGCAUACAUGCAGUCACUAUGAGUCAGAGGUGACUGGAAGAUGACAACAGCAAUGGUUAAUGGUGAUAAACAUCUUUUCAUGUGCUGCUUGUCUAUUUGAAUAUCUUUAAUGAGCUGUCCAAGUCCUUUGCCCAUUUUUUUAUUUUUUAUUUUAUUUUUUUUGUUAUUGUUAAGGUAUAGAAAUUUGUUACGUGUUUUGGAUAUUAGGCCCUAUCUGUUACAUGGUUCUAAAAAGUUUUCCCAAUCUGUAGGUCAUCUUUUCACUUUGUUAAUAAAGUCCUUUGGUGAACAAAAGUAUUUAAUUUUUAUGAAGUUCCAUUUAUCUAUUUUAUUCUUUCGCUACUGGAAUUUUUGUUGUCAUAUCUGAUAAUCUGUCGAACACUAGGUCCCACAGCCUAGACCCUACACUUUCUUUUAAGGGUUUAGGGUUUUACUUUCACAUUUAGGUUCUAGAUUAUAGUGGAAUCUAGAUUCAAACCCAGGCCUCUGAUUCCAGACCCUAAAUCCUUAGCCAUCACAGUAUUUUGCUUUGCUGCUUGUUGUAUAAUGGUUUGUGUAUCCUUUCACCUACUUAUUCAGUCUGUAUGCUGAGCAAGUAAUCUGAGAAACUGUAUGAAGAAGGACGUGGCAUUAGGAUUGGAGGAAGACUCACUAACAACCUGCAAUAUGCAGAUGACAACCUUGCUUCCUGAAAACAAACAGGACUUGAAGCACUGAUGAUCAAAGGCUGCAGUAUGAAUUACUGUAUAAAGAAAAAUCCUCACAACUGGGCCAAUAAACAACAUCAUGAUAAAUGGGGAAAAUAUUGAAUUUGUUGAGGUCCUUAUUUUAGUUGGAUCCACAGUCAACACCUGUGGAAAUAACAU